GUCUAAAUUGCAUCUUCAACAAAAACACAAAUAUGUUCGAAUAAAUUUGGAAUUUCGUAGCUUAUCUCCUUUGCAAUAGAAAUAUUAUACAAUUCACUGAAAACUUGAAACCCAGUUUUAAGAUUCUUGCUGAAAUGGAUCAGAAAAAGUUUAAAACUAAAGAGGAAAUUGCAAAGGCAUUUGAUAAUCUUCCUGAGCGUAAAAGUAAAAUCGCUACGAUACUCAAAGACGAAAAUGUCGCUUAUUGCAUAUGCAGAUCCAGUGACUCUUCUCGGUUCAUGAUUUGCUGUGACUUUUGUGAGGAAUGGUAUCAUGGUGACUGUAUUAAUGUGACAGAGAAGGAAUCGAAAGCAAUCAAGAAGUAUUAUUGCGAUAAAUGUCGAGAAAUUGAUCCAACAUUACGAACAGUCAUUAAGGGAACUUCAAAUCAGCAACCAAAUUUCCAAUCACAUUCAAAGGAAAAAGACAAAGAUAAACAAGCAGAAAGAGAUGUUAUGAAGAAGAAGAAAGAGAAGAUUGAUGUUCGUUGUGGGCAUUGUGAAGGUUGUCGAUCCAGAGUUAAUGGCAAGAAGGGAAAGUGUGAAAAACGUCUCAGCGCCUAUCAACUUAAAAAGAAAGAAAAGAAGAUAAAGGAAGGACGAAUAAAGAAAAGAAAGCGAUCGUUAACACCAGAAAUUGUGUUGAAUCCAGCAUUAGAAGGGAUAAGACAUUGUUAUGGUCCCGAAUGUCGCAAUACAGCUCGUCCCCAAUCAAAAUAUUGUUCCGAUAGAUGUGGCAUGUCACUUUCAAAUAAAAGAAUAAACUUUUUCCUUCCAUCACGUCUCACUGAAUGGAAUUGCUCGCCUUGUGUUGCGAAGGAAAAUAAUAAAAAAGCUUUAGAGAAAAAUCGAGCAAAGCAACACAUAGUAAGAGCAACAUUAAGUGAGUUGGAUAAACGUCAUAAGGAGCUUGAUUUAUUGGUUGAGCUAUCCAAACGCUGUACUCUCGAUGAAAAAUUCAAUGAUACCGUCGAAGUCGAAGAUGAAUCUUCAAUGUAUUGUGUCACUUGUGGUCAUGAGAUUCACACAAGAACAGCUAUUCGACAUAUGGAACGAUGCUUCAACAAAUAUGAAUCACAAGCUAGCUUUGGAAGUAUCUUUAAAACACGCAUUGAUGGAGGGAAUUCAAUGUUUUGCGAUUUUUAUAAUCUUACGAGUAAAACUUACUGCAAGAGACUUCGAGUUCUUUGCCCUGAGCAUUCAAAAGAUUUAAAAGUUAAUGAUGAUGAUGUUUGUGGAAGUCCUUUAACAAAAAAUGUAUUUGAACUUACUGGCGAAUAUUGUCGUGCACCUAAAAAAUCUUGUUUCAAGCAUUACUGCUGGGAAAAGAUAAGACGAGCUGAAAUUGAUCUUGAACGUGUUCGGCAAUGGCUGAAGAUGGAUGAAUUACUUGAGCAAGAGAGGCAAAUUAAACAAUCUAUGUCAUCGAGAAAUGGAUUACUUGGCUUGCUACUCCACUCAACGUUUGAUCACGAAGCAGCUGCAAGAGCUGCAAGGAUGCAACAAUUCAAAACAAUGCAAUAAUUUUUAACGUUUUUUUUUAAAAGUUAUUAUUAAACCGAUUCAAUUCUUUUAUUCAACCGUUUCAUUUUUAAAGAAAGUUUGGAAUAUCAAAAUAUUAUUUCAGUCUUGUUUCAACAUUAAAUCACUGCAAAAUGAAAAUUUUGCUAACCAUUUUAUGUGCUUUUGUAAUAGGAGCUUCUGCUUCCGCUUUGCUUGGAAGAAAGAAAUGUACGUAUGGUCCAAGUUAUUGGUGUAGUUCUAUUCCGAAUGCAAAAUCUUGUGGUGCUGUCAAACAUUGUAUUAAAGCAGUUUGGGAAAAACAACAUGUUCCGGAAGAUACUGACAGCAUUUGUAAAAUAUGUGUAGACAUGGUUGGACAAGCGAGAGAUCAACUUGAGAGUAAUGAGACUCAAGAAGAGAUUAAAGAAGUUUUUGAAGGCUCAUGUGACUUAAUUCCAAUCAAACCGGUGAAAAUUGAAUGCAAAAAGUUGGCCGAUGGUUUCAUUCCUGAAUUAAUUGAAGCUUUAGCAUCACAAAUGAAUCCUCAAGUUGUUUGUUCGACUGCUGGUCUUUGCAAUAGUGAAAAGAUCGACAAAAUGUUGGAAGAAUUUGAAGCCGAAAAGAAAUCAAAUCUUUUGAGUUGCGAUCAAUGCGACAACAUUGGGAAUGUCAUUUCUCAUAAAUUCCACACAUCAACUCGUGAUCAAAUUCUUGAUGGAUUUCUAGGAUUCUGUGGACGUUUGUCAUCAUUUUCCGAUGCUUGCUCAAGCUUGAUUCUGACAUAUUUCAACGAUAUUUAUGACGAAUUGUCCAAGAGUUUAAAUGCUGAUGCGAUUUGUCAUAUGAGCGGCGUUUGCUCAGCAAAAUUCCAUCAACACGAUGAUGACUCAUCGGCUGUAAAGAUCGAAACAUUAUCAAACGUUGGAUUUAUUAAGAAUAAAGAAGCAGGUGAGGACGUUCCAUGUGAGCUGUGUGAACAAUUGAUUAAACAUUUGAGAGAUAUGUUGGUUGCUAACACAACAGAACUUGAAUUCAAAACUGUUCUUGAAGGACUUUGCAAGCAAACAAAGAAAUCUUUCCAACAGGAAUGUGUAAGCUUAGUCGAUCAAUAUUAUCCAAUAAUUUAUGAAACACUCGUCAACAAUCUCGAUGCUAACGGCGCUUGUUUCAUGAUUGGAGUUUGUCCUAAAGGAAAUAAUCAGCCAUUUGUUGCUCCAUCAAAUCCAAUGUUACCAGUCAAUCAGGAACUCCCAAAACGACAAAAACUUGGUGUUAAUGAGAAGGCAAUUGACCUCAUGCCACUUCCUAUUGACCAAUUGAUGGGAAUCAAGACAAUUGAUCAAUUGCAGCUUGUUGAUGGUGGCGAAUGGUGCACAGUUUGUCAAUAUUUCAUGCACUUUAUUCAGGAAGAGUUGAGUGAUGCUAAAAAUGAAGAUGAAAUCAAAAAUCUUGUUGGAAAAAGUUGCAAGAAAUUCCCAACAAAAUUGGCAGGCGAAUGUCUCAGUUUUAUCGAACUUUAUGGCGAUGCAAUUGUCGCAUUGAUUGUUCAAGAAAUUGAUCCACGCGAAAUUUGUCCACAGUUGAAAAUGUGCCCAGAAAAUAUUAAAGAUGCGGAAAUUAUCAAAAUCGAUGAAAUGGAUGUGCAGAUUAAUGAAGAAUCGAAACCAACAUGUCCACUUUGUGUUCUGGUUGUACAGGAAACAGAAAAUUAUAUCAAGACUGAAAAGACGAAGGAAUCAGUUAAGAAAGCUCUUGAUAAAGUUUGCUCAAGAUUGCCACCAAAGCCUCAACUGCAAUGCACAGAUUUCGUUCAAACUUAUUACGAUGAAUUGUUGGAGAAAUUAUUGUCAGACUUUUCACCGAAAGAUGUCUGCACUGAGAUGAAAUUGUGCCCCGCACUUAUUGGUGAUAUCGAUGAAAGUUCCAUAAAAGUUGGAAUUGAUAAAAUCGAUAACAUUCCAUAUGUUGGUGGUGACAUUGACACAAAUGAAAUUCCCGACUACACAAUCAAUGGACAACCAAUAAAUGCACAAGAAAUCGAAGAAUCUGGCGAAUGCAUGCUUUGUGUUGAAGUUGUUGGUGGUGCAGAAAAUAAAAUCAGAAAGGGAAUGAAAAAGGAACAAAUUGAAUCGAUCUUGCUUCGUGAAUGCUCGAAAUUCCGUGCAUAUGAAGAUGUUUGUGAUGGUUUUGUGAAGAAAAAUGUCGACAAGAUUAUUGAAUUGUUAGCUAACGAAAUGUCACCAAAACAAGUGUGUCAGCAACUUUCACUCUGUGCUAAGAAGCCGCAAGAUUUAGAAAUUGAUGAAGCAAUCAUUGUCAAUGUUUUCGCAGUUCCAUCAUAUCCACAUUCAAAGCUUGUUCGUGUUCCAUUGCAAAAGAAUGAAGUGAAAAAAUCAGUACCGCCAGUGGCUGACGAUCCACAAUGCGUUGUCUGUGAGUUUGUGAUGACAAAGUUAGAAGCUGAAUUGAAGGACAAAAAAACACGCGAUGAAAUUCGAACAGCUGUGGAGAAUAUUUGCACGAAAAUGCCGAAAUCAAUCUCAAAGCAAUGCACGAAAUUCGUCGAGGAAUACGCAGAUCUGAUCAUCACUUUAGUUGACACAGUUCCACCUAAAGAGAUUUGUCAACAAAUGGGAUUGUGCCCAAUUCAGAAGAAGGAACAACGUCUUUUGGGCGAAAGUGAAUGCACUUGGGGUCCAAGUCACUUCUGUAGCAACGAAAAGAUUGCCGAAGCAUGCAAAGCUACAAAAUACUGUCAAGAUAGAAAAUUGGGAAUGUUUGCUUAGGACGCUCGUUUUCAUCCCGUGAUGGUUUAAAAAGUGCUGCGAUAUUCAAUAACAAUUUUAUUUUCUUAUAAUCUCUUUCAAUUAUCUAAUCCUUUAAUUUUUCAUCUUCAACUGUCGUAGACUCUCUCGAAUGACAUUUAAUUUUGUUUGUUUUGUUAAUGUGAAUAGAGAUUAUUAGUAGCAAACAGAAUUUGAUUAAAAACAAUAAAAGAAAAACAAAUUUACUAUUAAUCCAGAGA